GAUCUACGCCCUUCCACAUGACCUGUCGCUACUUGAUAUUUUAUCGCUUUCUUAUUUCAGGUGUAAACUAUGCCUUUGCUCAACCAACAUGGCAGUCGAGCACAGAAGCAGAUGGUGUGUCAUCUCGCGCCGUUGAUGGCUGUAACUAUCGCCACGACCAAAACACGUGUAUGCAGACAAAGUUGCAGUAUGAACCUUGGUGGGCAGUUGAUCUCGGGCAGGAACUGUUUGUCACUGGAGUGCGGAUCACCAACCGGGCUGACUGUUGCUGGGGAAACCUCAGGAAUUUUGAAAUUCGUGUGGGAAUGAAUUCAACAGAAGGCGGUAAAGCCAAUCCUCGAUGCGGACCAAAGUAUACGCAAAAUGUUGGCGCUGGUCAGACGGUGUCCGUCAACUGUAUGCCGCCAUUACUGGGACAGAUUUUGACAGUUUCUAUUCCCGAUGCCAACGGAACUUUAAACUUCUGUGAAGUGGAAGUCUACGGAAAUUUGCUCAUACCUGGUCCGCCAUCUUCGAUUAUUACCGCUGACUUGACGUCAUCUUCGUUCACAAUAAUAUGGUCCCGCCCCUCCGGGAUCAUCUCUCAGCGCGGACUCCCCCUGAACUACACCGUAUGUGUCAAGAAAUAUGACAGCUUGGUUAGCAGCGAAAUCCCUAAAGAUACCACGUCGAUUGAUACCAACUUGACUAAUAAUUCUUCCACCAUCAUGGUCUAUUGUCGACUGGUUAAUGGUAGUCUUAUUAUGGUGAAUGAUAGUGUGGUCAAUGGUACUGAGAGUAUAUUCAACUGUAGAUCGCUUAAUGGAACCCUGGUGAAUAUGAAUGGUAGCUUGGUUAACCAUACAGAAUACAAGGAUACCUGUAGAAUGGUUAAUGGUAGCCUUAUUAUGGUGAAUGAUAGUGUGGGGAAUGGUACGGAGGGUAUAUUCAAUUGUAGAUCGUUUAAUGGAACCCUGGUUAUUAUGAAUGGUAGCUUGGUUAACCCUACAGAAUACAAGGUUACAUGUAGACUGGUUAAUGGUAGUCUUACUAUGGUGAAUGAUAGUGUGGUUAAUGGUACGGAGGGUAUGUUCAAUUGUAGAUCGUUUAAUGGAACCCUGGUUAUUAUGAAUGGUAACUUGGUUAACCAUACAGAAUACACGGUUAACUGUAGACUGGUUAAUGGUAGUCUUAUUUUAGUGAAUGAUAGUCUGGUUAAUGGUACGGAGGGUAUAUUCACCUGCAGAUCGGCUAAUGGAACCCUGGUUAGUAUAAAUGGGAGCUUAGUGAAUCAUUCAGAAUACAAAGUUACCUGUAGACUGGUUAAUGGUAGCCUGGUCAUGGUGAAUGAUAGUGUGGUCAAUGGAACAGAAGAUUUGUUCACCUGUAGACUUAAUAAUGGUACCCUGAAUAUUUUAAACAGUAGUUUGUUAAAUCACAUCGUUCGCAUUGUUAAGUGUAGUUUGGUAAACGGCACUCUGGCUGUUCUCAAUAGUAGCUUGGUUAAUGAUACCGACAUCGUGCUCGAUUGCAAAAUGGCUAAUGGUAGCCUAGUUUUGGUAAAUGAUAGCGUAAACGAUGCAGGAAUUCCUGAAGAUGGAGUAAUUUCGAGAACCUGCAGCAUGGUUAAUGGCAGUCUGGUCAUUGUAAGUGGCAACUUGGUUAAUGGUACCGAGGCAAAGGGGAUGGUGAAAUGUAGGUUUGUUAAUGGUAGCCUGGUGAUAGAAAAUAAUUGUGCCAUGGUGCAUAACAUUACAGGUAAUGGUGUCAUUAGAACCGUCAAGGCUGAUAAUAAUUGCACAGAUAUUGGUGAUGUUACUUUGUUUUCCAUCAACGGUCUGAGACCUCGCACAAAAUACACCAUCAGCAUCACAGCACAGUCGAAUACCAGGUUUGGUCCCGAAGCUGUGGCAAAUGUCACCACGAUGGAAAAAGGUGGACAAAUUAUUUAUGUCGAACUGAUCUCGCGUAUCCUGGAGGAUGUUUUGUUCAGUCAAGGCGCGAAAUCUUAUUCCAGUAUCGCAAUUCAAGGACAGCAGCGAACCUUUGAUGGACAUGGGAUGCAUUUCAUUGUGCUGGACCCCAAAACAGGUUCUCAAACGAUGCAGGGUUCAUUCAACACUCAUGACCAUUCUUCUGCAAGCACACAAAUGACAGGAUUCCUAUCAACCAUUCCCAAACCCUCGAUCAUUUUAAUGGUGGUUUAUUUCCAAGCUCACGACUAUUACACGGCUGCUCCUCUCUUAUCUCUCUGUCCGAACGCGCUUUCGAGUUACACCAGUCGACAAUCCUGGAGCAUGAUUUGUCUCAAUGGCUUUGGUACCUUGCCUUGGGUGACGUCACUCACGUCCAAUUUUGAAACGGGGCCAGCGGUGAUAAGGUCUCAUAUACUACUCCCUAAAGAGCUCAAAAAUGCCCCAAAUUUAACCAACGUUGUCGCCACAAGCGCUCGGUCAGUGGAACUCAACUGGACUGCUCCGGAAAACUUCACAGGCGUGAUCUCGUACUACCAGAUUUGCUACCAAAGGUCGAACGUGCCCGUUAGCGAGAGCUGUUCCAAGUUAUCUGCUGGCAGCGAUGACUCGCAGGCUGUUAUCAAUGGCUUGCUUCCAUAUCGACAGUACAUUGUGAGAAUACGGGGGGUUGUGCCUCUGGGAUAUGGACCUUACUCAGAUGCGCUGAUGGCGACGACGCACCAAGCAGAACCAUCAAGAGGUCCUGCUGAAAUAUUUCCGACGGUGAACACUUCUGCCAUCAUGAUAAACUGGACGCUGCCUUUAGAAGAACACAGGAAUGGCGUCAUUAAUCAGUUUAGUGUUUGCUAUAAACCAGGCGAGGAUAGUGGUCCCUGUGUUAAUGAAACGAUCGCUGUCAACAGGACUUUCUUUGUCGGCGGGCUCAGGCCGCAUUUCAUGAUAAGAUUUGAAAUCAGAGCUGCCACGAUCGUCGGCUUUGGCCCCCCGACCGUUCUUUCACAGAGGACUGCGCAAGCUGCUCCAGAUGGCCCACCCAACGACGCACAUGCGACGCACGUGGGAGCCACGAGCAUUUCGUUGUCAUGGUCGCCCCCUGAUCUGCUAUUGCGCAAUGGAUGGAUCAUCAGAUAUAUUAUCUGCGUCCGCGUGUACAACACCUCCUCCGACUUAUGCCAGCAACGCAUCGAACUUGGUAAAAAUACUUACGGGCAUACGGUGACUAACCUGAAACCUUACACGAAGUAUUUCCUGGAGAUAAUCGCUGGCACAAUAGCUGGCGAUGGACCUCACGCCUUCGUGGUUAACAGAACGUUGCAAACUGAACCAUCUGGUCCUCCGACAGAUAUCAAAAUCUCGAACUUCACGCACAGUCACAUGAACGUCACGUGGUCACCACCAGACCCUUCGGAAAGAAACGGCGUGAUUACUGCGUACUGGUUGUGCAUCAAAAACCAGUCCCACAGUUAUUGUCUGAAAGAAGACAUUUUACCAUUUACGCAGACAUCAUAUUUCUUUCCUGGCCUUAGGCCGUAUCGCAUUUACAGUAUUGAUAUUAAAGCGGCAACCAAGAUUGGUUUCGGUCCAAUAGGAAAGAGUUUUUCCAAAGAACAGCACCAUCAGUUUGCAUUUUAUAGCCUACCUCGCUCCCAGGUCUCGCGGUACAUUCGUGUAGGCCAUAUACCGAAACACUUUCUUAAGGUUAAUGAAGAAGUAUAA